CUGACGAGAUUUUCCGCUUUAGCCUUCUGCGUGUCCACGAGACCGUCAGAGCUAGAGGCUAUCUCCUUCAACGAGCCUCCACAAAAUUGUUUCGACUGCAGAGCUCAACUUGUCAAUCCUGCAACUCGUGGCAACAGUAUCUCUAAUGGUUUCGUUUUUAGUGAUGCCUCAUCACAACUUGACAAAGCAAGCAUCCAACGGCUGCUUCGUGAUGCGAUAACUUGUCAUUGUGUGCGAUCAUUCUGUGAAGCUUGCCAGCCUCCAUUUAUUUGCCUCACUCUGGAUGAGCAAGUCGAGCCUUAUCGCCAAAGGGGCCUUCCAUUUGCUCGAGAAAUGGCCCAAUCGCGCUGCUUCGAAUGUACCCUCGUUCAUUGCUCCCAUUCAGACAGAAGUGGACUGCAGUUUCGACCUCGCAUCGGUCUUGUCAACAGCCUCGCCGGGAGUCGAACCGCGACAGGGCAGGAUGUCGCAGAGGGGUUUGAUUGGACCGAUGCGAGGUCGAAACUGCAGUCCACUUCUGUCUGA